UCUUUCAUUAUUAUUUCCCUCUAUCACUUCUCAUCCCCGUUCCCUCUCGCUGCUGUUGCUCCCGCAGCAGCUGCCUCUCCCUGGCGGCCGGAGGGCUUGGAAGCGCCGCGGAGCUUGUGCACCGGCAGAGCCGGCGCUGGAGGAGAGGAGACCCCUUCCCUGCAUCCCUGUGGCUGCCGGAGCCCGGAGCGCAUCCUGCCUCACUCUUCCCAUCGCUUCCCAUCGCCUCCACGGCCGCCUGGAACCUGCUCCAGCCUAAGAAAUAGGUUUGCAAGACCCCUCUUAAGAUGUCUUACAGAAAGGGGCUGGAAAAAUACCGAGACCUGGAUGAAGACAAGAUCCUUGGAGCCCUGACAGAGGAGGAGCUCAGAAAGCUGGAAAAUGAACUGGAAGAGCUGGAUCCUGAUAACGCGCUGCUCCCCGCGGGGCUCCGCCAGCGGGACCAGACCCAAAAGCCGCCGACCGGCCCCUUCCGAAGGGAGGAGCUCAUGGCCCACCUGGAGCAGCAGGCCAAGGACGUGAAGGACAGAGAGGACCUGGUGCCGUUCACGGGAGAGAAGAGAGGAAAAGCUUGGAUCCCCAAGCAGACGCCAAUGGAUCCUGUUUUGGAAAGCGUGACCCUGGAGCCAGAACUGGAGGAAGCCCUUGCUAAUGCAUCUGAUGCAGAGCUCUGUGACAUUGCUGCCAUCCUGGGCAUGCACACCUUGAUGAGCAACCAGCAGUACUACGGCGCCCUGGGGAGCAGCACCAUCGUGAACAAAGAAGGGCUCAACAGUGUCAUUAAGCCCACGCAGUACAAGCCAGUUCCCGAUGAGGAGCCGAACUCGACCGACGUGGAGGAGACUCUCAAACGGAUACAGAGCAACGACCCCGACCUUGAGGAAGUCAACCUGAAUAAUAUCGGGAAUAUUCCCAUCCCAACUCUAAAAGCCUGUGCUGAAGCACUGAAGAGUAACACCUAUGUGAAGAAGUUCAGUAUAGUUGGAACAAGGAGCAAUGAUCCGGUCGCUUUGGCUCUGGCAGAGAUGCUCAAGGAGAAUAACACGUUGAAGAGCCUGAACAUUGAGUCGAACUUCAUUUCUGGGUCGGGGAUCCUGGCUGUUGUUGAGGCCCUGCAGUUUAACACGUCUCUCAUCGAGCUCCGAAUCGACAACCAGAGCCAGCCGCUGGGCAACAAGGUCGAAAUGGAGAUCGCCAACAUGCUGGAGAGGAACACGUCCCUGCUCAAGUUCGGCUACCACUUCACGCAGCAGGGCCCGCGGCUGCGCGCCUCCAACGCCAUGAUGAGCAACAACGACCUGGUGAGGAAGAGGCGGCUGGCGGAGCUGAACGGGCCCAUUUUCCCCAAGUGCCGGACGGGGGUGUAGGCGCCGGCCGCGCCGCUCGUCCCCGGGGAUCUGCACCACGGAGCCCCAGGCUGCAAGUGCCUUGGCCGCUGUGGUCACUCGCACCCUGUUCUGCACUCACGGUUGAAAUCAUUAACUAGCGGCUGUAGUUGGGGGGUUUACCCAGUAGGACUGUUGGCGUUUGCUCUAGAGCUGGAAACUAUUGGAGGCAGUAGCAAUGCAACACAGUUUAAAGCAGGCUUGGCUGAGGGUACAUCCCGCUCUAAUGGUGACUUUUAAUUAAGCUAGGACCUAGUUUUGCUAUAAUUUUUCCUGCACGGCCUUUUGAAUAUUUAGGAUGUGGCAUGCAUGAGAGAAAAAUACCAUCGUUCCACACAAAUUACAGGAGUACUAAAAAACAAUACUUUAUUUUUAAUUGAUCUCCAGUAACUACAGAAAGCAAAAAGUUUAAGAGGCGCUUCUCGUAUCCCGAAACUCGGUUACUGUAAGGAACCUUUACCAUCCUUUGCCAAGCCAGUUAACUGGAGAUGCCGUUCCAAAUGCAUCCCUGUUUCUUAAAAGACUGAUUUCCCUCCCUCAUCCUGGAUUGAAAGACUGUAAUGCCACGGAUUACAAAGCACUGGAUUCCCAACACGUGAGCACUGCAGAAAGGGCCGUUUAAUACCCUCGUGUCCUAGGUCUCCGUUGGAGAGGGACAAUGUCACCCUCAGACCAGGGUCCUGCGCUCCC